AUGACCAAUUGGGACUUCGAUGAACUGGACGAACUCGAAGCCAAGUGCCCAGGCCCUUGGCCAUGGCCCUCGGUUGAGCCGCAGAUCCAACAGAUUCCAUCAAAAUCACCACCCGGGCAUUUCAAGCCUCCUCCGGACGCACCACCGGAACGACCGGAGGUUUCGGGAGCGCACCGGAUUUUGGCCGCGAAGGGCUGGCAGGAGACAUUGGGAGUAAAGAAGAUUGAUGCUGCGGAGCUGAAGAAAGCCUAUAGAGAACUGGCCCUUUUGCAUCACCCUGACAAGGGUGGAACAGAUGGUGAGAUCUUCAAGCUUGAUGGCCUGAUUGCGGUAAAGCGCGCGGAAGAGCUGGCUCUCAAAGCGCAACCAGGGCAUUUUGCAGAGGAUGUGCAGGAGCGACAGUGGCCCUUGCAUCCGGCCGCGGCAAAGGUUCGCGUCCGGACUGCUGUAGAUCAGUGGGAGCAUGACUAUGACUUGGGGGAGGUGCCUUCUGUGCCCGAUGAUAUCCCGGAGGUGGGUGCCGAGCAGCUGGCUGAAUGGCUGAAACAUGGAACGGCUGUGGUGCUGGACUGCCGUGAGCGCAUCGAGGCCCAGUACGAACGCAGGACUCCGCUGGUACCUGGGGCGAUUCCCAUCAGCUUCGGGGACCUGCGUGCUGCACCAGAUUCUUUGUCCAGACACUUGGUGAGGCUUACUGAGAGCUCGUGCCAGGUAGUCACCUUCUCAACACAUGGGGGUACCACUGGAAACUGUGGCAUGUGCGCUGCUCUUCUGAUCGCCUGGUCCUUAGUCGGGCUUUUGCAGAAUCCCACAUGCGCUGGAGAUGGUGUGGAAGGCAGGCCCGUACUCUUGAGGGCAGCAUUGGGACCUGAGGAUGUUUUUGGGAUGAGCUCCGACCGCUUUUGGCGUUUGGAGGGUGGCCUUGACGACUGGAUUGCUUGGGCAGCACAAAUGUUCCGCGUGAGCAGCGAGCCUGUGAAGCGAAUCAAUGCGCAUUUGGGCAAUGUGGUGUAUGUCUCAGGUAAUCAGUGGGGGCUCCUGGACUUGGAGAAGGGUACAGCUCGUGCCUUCUCUUGCUACAAGUACCAGGGUCCUGGACUAUUGGAUGCUGUCACUGACACUGCAUCGCAGUCGAGAGUUCUCGCGGCGGAUGUGGAGGGAACCAUUUGGGUCUUCUCUGUGCGUGAGAAGCGGGACUGCAAGGUUGAGCACCGCUUCCCAGUCGGAACGACCCGAGCGCCGCUUUCUCUCUCAUCUAUCCGCGGCUUCCUCCUGGCUGUGGAGAAGUCCCGACACUCCAGAUCUGAGGUCACUGUUUUGAACAUGACCCACGUCGGAAAAGGCUGGGAUGAUCCUGCCAGAGAUGUCUCCCCCAUCUCAUGGAAGAGAAGCAGCCGCCCGCUGCGCGACUGGGCAGUGCAGAGGAGGUACCAAGAAGGUGAUCUCCUUGUAACUUUGUCCGAGGAUGGCAUGGAGAUCGAGGUCUUUGAACUCAUGAUGCAAGUCUACCAACCUCCUCCUUCAGACAUGCUCGGGAACUUCAAGCUGCCAAUCUUUGCAGCUGCCAUGGUCAUGGUGAUGGGUUACCAGUUUGUCAAGCAGAAGAGUCCCUUUGAGACAGGGGAGGACGUAAAAUCCUGCUCCCCAGAUGACUUGCAACAAUUGCUCGAGCACCUCAGUGAAGACAGUCGCAGCAAGCUUUUGGAUGCUCCUUGGCUGCUGCAGGCACUGCAGGUUGCAGAAGGUGCGGUGAGCCCAGCCAGCAUUCUUACAUCAUUCUGGAGGAAAAAGCUAGGACAAGAAGGCUCCACAGGCAUUCCGAUAGUCAAGGCAGCUGAUUUGGGCGUGAUCUCUCGCAGCGCGAAAAAGUUUGAAGGCAAAGGCGGCCAUGACCCCUGGUUUGGACCCACGGCCUUUACGGUCUUCGGUGAACGAUGGACCCUGGACGACUUUUUGGGUGCAGGUGCCUUUGGACAAAGCUACUUGGCCACUCAUGAGCCCACAGGGCAUCGCUAUGUGAUGAAAUUCUUGUCCAGAGACAAUGAUCGUGAGUUGAAGUUUCUCAAGCAGGCACCAUUUCAAGUCUUUCAGCAUCCCAAUGUGAUCACCUACGUGGGCUUGGCCACUCACAUUGGUCGAGGAUGCGAAUCCUGGAAUCCAGCCAGGCACAUUGUGGUCAUGGAGGCCAUCCCCAAUGGAGAGCUCUUUGAUCUCAUCACUGCAGAGGGGGCGGUCUUAACUGAUGGGACCAUGCGUAGGUUGGUGCAUGGCAUCAUAAAUGGAAUGGCGGAGCUUUGCAAGUAUGGGGUCACCCACAGGGACCUCAAGCCCGACAACCUCUUGAUCGACGAAAAUGGGCAGGUGGUCAUCAUCGACCUGGGUUGUGCCAACUUGGUGCAGUGGCUUCAUGAAGAUGAUGAAGGUGAAGAGGUUGGCAGUCCUGUGCGCAUCGCCGAAUUGAAAUCACAGGGUUCGAAAUUCAUGCGCGAGCAGACGGCUGCUGUUGGGACUGAUCUUUACCAUGCUCCUGAGUAUGGGAAAAAGAUGUAUGACAGUGAGAAGGCGGACGUUUUCACUGUGGGCAUCCUUGUCUUUCUUCUUCGGCAGCCCAUUCCACCCUUUCAUUCCUACUUUGGCGGUUUGAAGGUCAUCACGGAUGAGGGUGCUCCGGCCAAAUGGUGGAGCCACAAGGAAUUUCAGGCAUUUGCGGGAGACGAAGGUCUCAAGGACCUGAUCAACUGUUUGUGGGCCUUGACCCCGGAGAAGCGUCCGACCUUCCAGCAGCUUCAAGCUGCUAUGGCAGGUGACGAGGACAUCCUCGAGUUGUACCCCAAACUCCGUUGGCUCAAAGGCCCUUUGUCUGGGCCUUUGGAGUAUGUCCGUGAGAUUCGAGCACGAAGACCAAACCUCUCGUUGAAGUGCACCGGGGUGGUGGAGGCUUUGGCCCUCUACAAUCGAGGCUUUGAGUCGGCCGACGCCGCUUUCCAUGCGGCCAAUCAGAGUGGUUCUGGCAAACUUUCAGCCACAGAGCUCACUGCGAGCUUGAGCAAUCGGAACGGAGUCAUCACUGCCGAGAGUGUGGCAGAUUUGAUGAAUCGUUACAUGAGCAAGGAUUGUCAAGAAAUGACCCUUGAACAGUAUCGAGUCAUGGCAAAGGCCUGGGAGUUCGGUGGCCGGCCCAUUGUGCAUGACGUUGGGAAGAUGAACUCGAGACACUUUGCUUGGAGUCGACGCCAGAAUGGAUCCACCUUGGAACAGGAGAUUGCUGAGUUCACCUCGCAGGUGUCGAAGGCUUUCACAUCAGCAGGGUAUGCAGUGGAAAGCGUCUCCAAUGCAGUUGAUGCCAAGAACUAUGAGAACUCCUCGGCCUUCACAGUGAACAUGGGAAGCCAACUUUGCAGAUUGCGUGUCAGUACUUUCACCUUGGAGGAGAAGCUCAUUGUGCAAAGCAGGAGGUUAUGGGGAUCGUCCGUAGAAGAGCUCUUGAUGCUGCAGCAAAUGAACAACGACCUUGUGGAGAUCUGGGGCUCUCGCGUCUCGCCUCCCUCUUCCUUGGCUUGA